GGUUACUGGUGGGCGGAGCUGGCCCGGUGGGCGGGGUUACUGGUGGGUGGAGCUGGCCCGGUGGGCGGGGCUGACCCGGGCUGGCGCGCAGGCGGCGGGAUGCUGUCCACCAGGCCGCGCUGUCGAGUUUGACAGGUCUCGUUUCUCCCACAUCCAUGAGCCGGUAGGACUGAGGGAGUGCGGCCGGGAGUGGGGCUUUGCCUCCCGUCGCGGUUCCGAUCCCCGAUGGCGGAGACCAAGAUAAUUUACCACAUGGACGAAGAGGAGACGCCGUACUUGGUGAAAGUGGCGGUGCCGCCGGAUCUGGUCACCCUCGGUCACUUCAAGCAGGUCCUCAAUAACAGGCCGACCAGCAGCUUCAAAUUCUUCUUCAAGUCCAUGGACCUUGACUUCGGAGUUGUAAAGGAAGAGAUUUCUGAUGACAAUGCCAAGUUACCUUGCUUCAAUGGAAGAGUGGUUUCAUGGUUGGUGCUGGCUGAAGGCUCGGCUUCUGACGGAGGCUCACAGUGUGCAGAGAGUCAAUCAGAGCUACCUCCCCCCAUCGAGAGGACGGGAGGCAUCGGCGACUCAAGGCCACCAUCCUUUCACGCAAACAUUGCUGGCAGUCGGGACGGUUUGGACAAUGAUACCGGAACAGAAUCGAUCCUGAGCAUCAGACGGGAGCGGGACAGGCAUCGGCGAAGAAAUAGAGAGCGAGAGAUACACGAUGACGUUGCACGAGUAAAUGGACACACAAAACCAGACCGGCAUCGUAAUCCAGGUGGUUAUGAUAGCGCCUCCACUGUGAUGAGCAGUGAAUUGGACUCAAGCAGCUUUAUCGAAUCCGAUGAUGACAAUACCAGCAGAUUAAGCAGCUCAAUGGAGCAGAGUGCUUCCUCUCGGCUCAUGAGGAGACACAAACGCAGGAGACGGAGGCAACGUAUGAGACAGAUGGACAGGUCCUCAUCACUGAGCAGCAUCACAGACUCCACCAUGUCGCUCAAUAUUAUCACUGUGACGUUAAACAUGGAGAAGUACAAUUUCCUGGGCAUUAGCAUCGUAGGUCAGAGUAAUGACCGGGGAGAUGGCGGGAUAUACAUUGGGUCAAUAAUGAAGGGGGGAGCAGUGGCAGCUGAUGGCAGAAUUGAGCCCGGUGAUAUGCUUCUGCAGGUCAAUGAUGUCAACUUUGAAAACAUGAGUAAUGAUGACGCUGUAAGGAUUCUCCGGGAAAUCGUCUCAAAGCCUGGACCCAUCAGCUUAACAGUAGCCAAGUGCUGGGACCCCACCCCCAGGAAUUAUUUCACUAUUCCAAGAACAGAACCCGUGAGACCUAUUGACCCAGCAGCCUGGAUUACCCAUACCACUGCCAUGACGGGAACAUUCCCCCGCUAUGGUAUGAGUCCCACCACCAGUGCCAUCACCUCCACCAGCUCUUCACUAACCAGCUCCAUUCCAGACUCAGAAAAGUUUGAAGAUUGGCCACUAACAGUUAAAAGUGAAAUGCCAGUCAUUGUCAAGGCAAUGCAGUUAUCUGACUCGGGACUGGAGAUCCGUAACAGGCUAUGGUUGAAGAUCACAAUUUCAAAUGCAGUCAUUGGAGCUGAUGUGGUUGACUGGCUUUACUCACGUGUGCAGGGAUUUAAAGAUCGCCGCGAAGCAAGGAAAUACGCAAGCAGUAUGCUGAAGCAUGGCUACCUUAGGCAUACAGUCAAUAAAAUUACAUUCUCUGAGCAAUGUUACUAUGUCUUUGGAGACCUCAGUGCCAAUAUGGCUGGCUUGAGCUUAAAUGAAGGUUCCAGUGGAACAUCAGAGCAUGACACUCUUGCACCUCUCCCACAUCCAGCUUGUCCCUGGCAGCUGGCUCAGGGAUUCCCAUAUCAGUAUCCACUGCCUCAGUCAUAUUAUCCUCCCACCUGCCAAGACUCUUCCCUGAGCUUUGGAAAUGGCAGCGCUGGAAGCCAGCAGAGUGAAGGCAGCAAAAGCAGUGGAUCCAGUCGGGCAGUAGGUGAGAGAAGAGGCUCAAUGGGGAAGGAAAAGGAGCAGAAAACCGAGUCCAAGAUGGUGGGGGUUGAGAGCGAACCAGACCGCAUCACUGGAAGCAUCGUGCUCUGUGAGCGGCCAGCAAGCCAGCUCAGUCACCACAGCCACUGCUCUCAUGGACCUCCAGGUGUCCCACCAAUCUACCAGCCCACAAUCCAAAAAUCAACUGGGCCUCCCGGAGCACCUCCUGUCCGGGAUCUAGCAUCUGUCCCCCCUGAGCUAAUCGGUAGCAGGCAGUCCUUCCAAAAGGCCAUGGGUAAUCCAUGUGAGUUCUUCAUUGACAUCAUGUGACAGCACCGUCUUCUCGCACAAAACAACACUGAAAUCUUUUGCACACAGCACUGUUUGUGACUCAUCUCUAAUGUUUCAGGAAUCCCAGGCUUCUAUUUCUCACCAUGAUUCAAUUUCUCAUCUGUCCUUGUUAAUAGAAGUUUGAAUUUGUUGGUUUUGGCAGAUAAUGGUGCCAAGCACUGCUUUGUGUUGGUGUGUUCCACGUUGGUGUGUUCCGUCAUCAGCUUCUCUGUACACUGUAAAGAGAUGAUGAGGUUCUCCUGAUCUAGACAGAUGUUAAUAGGACUAUUUUGGCCCCUCUCUCACAUAGGUUCUCACCACCCACUCAUCUCUUUAGUGACAGGUACUCCAUGUUAAUGUGCUCCCUGGCUUCUCAAUGUACUUUGUCUUAUCCCUUUAGCAAGCACUUUUUCAUUGUAAAGAAACGACACAGCACAUACGCGCAUGUCUCCUUUUCCAGCUUCGUGGUGCACAAGAUAGCAGCCUUUCAAAAAGUGCCAUGAGAAAUUUCAAACAGAUUAAAAUGCAGGACUUGACGUUUAAGCAGCCCUUGCACUCUGCAACUAUUUCUGCUGCAGUUUUAAGGGAAACUGUCCCCCCUGAGCUAAUAUACCUUGUGCAUGUGAUGUAUUUUGGACAUCUCCAGAUUGUUUCACAGACUUUGGAAUUUUGAUCCUGAAUUACACAUGGUCUCAUUGCCAUUUAAUCGGUUUUUGAAAGAUUUAUGUUCUGUCCAGAACAGCUGCUUAUUAUAAAUGAUUCUUUUUUUUGGGGGGGGGGGGUUUGCCACUCCCAACAAUGAGACUGUCAGAAACCAAACUGCAAUUGUGAGAUGUUUUGGUUGUUUCUUCCCUCCCCCCACCUCCAAAUUCCCCUUCUCCUUUGAAAAUGUUGUUCUUACUGAGAUUCAGUCAUUUCUUCUCCUGGUGACUCAUGCUGGAUUAUGGCCCUCAUUUUCUCUCAGAGACUGGCUGUUCCUGAUGUGCACAUCUGCCUUUUAUGUGACUAUCCUUCAGGUACAGAGAGUGUCAGCGGAUUCUUUAAAGGAAGAAUCACAUUCCUGCUCUCCAAUUGCUAGACACCUCCCACCCCCACCAGCAUGGCUAGCGAGAUAAGUUUCAAAAUCUUGCUCUUGGCAUUUUACAUGUGAACAUACGAACAUGCAGAUUAGGAAUAGGACUAGAAAUGUUUUUCCCCUAACUCUGUUGUAAAUUAGUGACUCUCUUUAAACAAUGAUCCAUCAUUUAAAUCAUCUCACAAAAGGAAAAAUCCUCUUCACUUGCACUCUGUUUCAAUCAAGUCUGCUCUCACAUUUCUAAAUACUGACCUUCCCUUCUCUUUUGAAAAUGCUGACCUUUACUCAGACCCAAACAUCUCUCCUGAAUCUUUCUUUAUAAGAAAACUUGCCCACUCAAGGUCUAAUAAUCCUUCCCUAAUGAUGUGAAUGGUCACAUUUUUUAAUGAACUCCUUCCAACAAAUUCACAUCUUUCCUUUAACAGGGAGACAUUUGUGGUUUUAUCAAUGCCUUUGUUUUACUGAGGUAUAACCUCCUUACUUUAGUAUUCAAUUUCUCUACCCUUAAGCAAUAGCAUUGUGUUGUUAGCUUUCCUAAUUGUUUGUUACCCUUUCAUACUUGUCUUUGCACAUCAUGUACAAGGACACAUGUAGCCCCUCACCAAUUAGAUUUUAUAGAACAUAGAAUAGUACAGCACAUUACAGGCCCUUUGGCCCACAAUGUUGUGCCGAUCUUCAAACCCUGCCUCCCAUAUAAUCCCCCCCCACCUUAAAUUCCUCUAUAUACCUGUCUAGUAGUCUCUUAAACUUCACUAGUGUAUCUGCUUCCACCACUGACUCAGGCAGUGCAUUCCACGCACCAACCACUCUCUGAGUGAAAAACCUUCCUCUAAUAUCCCCCUUGAACUUCCCUCCCCUUACCUUAAAGCCAUGUCCUCUUGUACUGAGCAGUGUUGCCCUGGGGAAGAGGCACUGGCUGUCCAUUCUGUCUAUUCCUCUUAAUAUCUUGUACACCUCUAUCAUGUCUCCUUUCAUCCUUCUUCUCUCCAAAGAGUAAAGCCCUAGCUCCCUUAAUCUCUGAUCAUAAUCCAUACUCUCUAAACCAGGCAGCAUCCUGAUAAAUCUCCUCUGUACCCUUUCCAAUGCUUCCACAUCCUUCCUAUAGUGAGGCGACCAGAAGUGGACACAGUACUCCAAGUGUGGCCUAACUAGAGUUUUAUACAGCUGCAUCAUUACAUCACGACGCUUAAACUCUAUCCCUCGACUUAUGAAAGCUAACACCCCAUAAGCUUUCUUAACUACCCUAUCUACCUGUGAGGCAACUUUCAGGGAUCUGUGGACAUGUACCCCCCGAUCCCUCUGCUCCUCCACACUACCAGGUAUCCUGCCAUUUACUUUGUACUCUGCCUUGGAGUUUGUCCUUCCAAAGUGUACCACCUCACACUUCUCUGGGUUGAACUCCAUCUGCCACUUCUCAGCCCACUUCUGCAUCCUAUCAAUGUCUCUCUGCAAUCUUCGACAAUCCUCUACACUAUCUACAACACCACCAACCUUUGUGUCGUCUGCAAACUUGUCAACCCACCCUUCUACCCCCACAUCCAGGUCGUUAAUAAAAAUCACAAAAAGUAGAGGUCCCAGAACAGAUCCUUGUGGGACACCACUAGUCACAACCCUCCAAUCUGAACGUACUCCCUCCACCAUGACCCUCUGCCUUCUGCAGGCAAGCCAAUUCUGAAUCCACCUGGCCAAACUUCCCUGGAUCCCAUGCUCUCUGACUUUCUGAAUAAGCCUACCAUGUGGAACCUUGUCAAAUGCCUUAGUAAAAUCCAUGUAGAUCACAUCCACUGCACUACCCUCAUUUAUAUGCCUGGUCACCUCCUCAAAGAACUCUGAGGCUUGUUAGGCAUGAUCUGCCCUUCACAAAGCCAUGCUGACUGUCCCUGAUCUGACCAUGAUUCUCUAAAUGCUCAUAGAUCCUAUCUCUAAGAAUCUUUACCAACAGCUUUCCCACCACAGACGUAAGGCUCACUGGUCUAUAAUUACCUGGACUAUCCUACUACCUUUUUUGAACAAGGGGACCACAUUUGCCUCCCUCCAAUCCUCCGGUACCAUUCCCGUGGACAACAAGGACAUAAAGAUCCUAGCCAGAGGUUCAGCAAUCUCUUUGCUUGCCUCGUGGAGCAGCCUGGGGAAUAUUCCGUCAGGCCUCGGGGACUUAUCGGUCCUAAUGUAUUUUAACAACUCCAACCCCUCCUCUCCCUUAAUAUUAACAUGCUCCAGAACAUCAACCUCACUCAUAUUGUCCUCACCGUCAUCAAGUUCCCUCUCAGUGGUGAAUACCAAAGAGAAGUAUUCAUUGAGGACCUCACUCACUUCCACAGCCUCCAGCCAUAUCUUCCCACUUUUAUCUCAAUCGGUCCUACGUCCACUCCUGUCAUCCUUUUGUUCUUCACAUAAUUGAAGAAGGGGUUUUCCUUUACCCUACUCGCCAAGGCCUUCUCAUGCCCCCUUCUUGCUUUUCUCAGCCCCUUCUUAAGCUCCUUUCUUACUACCCUAUAUUCCUCAAUAGACCCAUCUGAUCCUUGCUUCCUAAACCUCGUGUAUGCUGCCUUCUUCCACCUGACUAGAUUUUCCACCUCACUUGUCACCCAUGGUUCCUUCACCCUACCAUUCUUUAUCUUCCUCACUGGGACAAAUUUAUCCCUAACAUCCUGCAAGAUAUCCCUAAACAUCAACCACAUGUCCAUAGUACAUUUCCCUGCAAAAACAUCAUCCCAAUUCACACCUGCAAGUUCUAGCCUUAUAGCCUCAUAAUUUGCCCUUCCCCAAUUAAAAAUUUUCCUGUCCUCUCUGAUUCUAUCCUUUUUCACGAUAAUGCUAAAGGCCAGGGAGCGGUGAUCACUGUCUCCCAGAUGCUCACCCACUGACUAAUCUGUGACCUGACCCGGUUCGUUACCUAAUACUAGAUCUAGUAUGGCAUUCCUCCUAGUCGGCCUGUCAACAUACUAUGACAGGAAUCCAUCCUGGACACACUUAAUAAACUCUGCCCCAUCUAAACCCUUGGAACUAAUCAAGUGCCAAUCAAUAGCAGGGAAGUUAAAGUUACCCAUGGUAACAACCCUGUUAUUUUUGCACCUUUCCAAAAUCUGCCUCCCAAUCUGCUCCUCGGUAUCUGUGCCGCUACCAGGGGGCCUAUAGAAUACCCCCAGUAGAGUAACUGCUCCCUUCCUGUUCCUGACUUCCAUCCAUACUGACUCAAAAGAGGAUCCUGCUACAUUACCCACCCUUUCUGCAGCUGUAAUAGUAUCCCUGACCAGUAAUGCCACCCCUCCUCCCCUUUUUCCCCCCUCUCUAUCCCUUUUAAAGCACUGAAAUCCAGGAAUAUUGAGAAUCCAUUCCUGCCCUGGUGCCAGCCAAGUCUCCGUAAUGGCCACUACAUCAUAAUUCCAUGUAUGUAUCCAAGCUCUCAGUUCAUCACCUUUGUUCCUGAUGCUUCUUGCAUUGAAGUACACACACUUUAGCCCUUCUGCCUUACUACCUUUACACUCUUUAUUCUGCUUCUCUUUCCUCAAAGCCUCUCUAUUUAUUGGAUCUGGCUUUACUCCAUGCACUUCUUUCACUGCUCUAUCACUCUGGGUCCCAUCCCACUUGCAAAUUAGUUUAAACCCUCCCGAACCAUGCUAGCAAACCUACCAGCAAGGAUAUUGCUCCCCCUCGAGUUCAGGUGCAACCCAUCUAAUCUGUACAGGUCCCACCUUCCCCAGAAGACAUCCCAAUGGUCCAAAAAUCUAAAACCUUGCCCCCUGCACCAACUCCUCAGCCACACAUUCAACUGCCAUCUCCUCCAAUUCUUACUAUCACUAUCACGUAGUACUGGCAGCAAUCCUGAGAACGCCACCCUUGAGGUCCUGGUCUUCAGCCUUCUACCUAGUUCCCGAAACUCACACUUCAGGACCUCAUCCCUCUUCCUGCCUACGUCGUUGGUCCCAACAUGUAUCACAACUUCUGGUUGCUUUCCCUCUCGGACCAGGAUGUCAUGCACCCGGUCAGAGAUAUCCCAGACCCUGGCACCCGGGAGGCAACAAACCAUACAGGUUUCCUUCUCACGUCCACAAAAUCUCCUGUCUGCUCCCCUGACUAUAGAGUCUCCAAUGACAAUUUUGUUUGAUUUUUCCUAUUAAGAGGAUGUAAUUAAGCUUCAUAAGGAUAUUGCCUGGACUGGAGGGUUGGAGUUGUAAGGAAUAACAGAAUAAGCUUGGUCUGUUCUCUCUGGAACAAAGAAGUAUAAAAGGUCUGUGAGAGGCAUCAAUGGGCUAGGAGCCAAGUAUCUGUUUUCUAUAGUGGGGAUAUUCAAAACUAGAAAACAGCUUUAAGACAAAAAAAGUAGUUUGGUAUCUGGAAAGAGCUGCUAGAGAAGGUUGUGGCGGAGAUAGGAGCAAAUGGGAUUGGUACAGAUGCUCGGCAUAUACACAAUAGGCCUAAGGGCCUAUCCUAUGCUGUAGAACUCUGACUCUAAAGGAUAGUUUCAUAUUUUUGCACAUUAUAUUCCAUUUGCCAAAUCCUUAUUGACUCGCUUAACCUAUCUAUACUGGCAGCCUCCUUAUGCCUUCUCUCGCUUACUUUCCUCCUUAUCUUUGUGUCAUCAGCAAAUUUAACAUGUACCUUUGGUGCCUUCAUCUAAGUCAUUUAUAUAAACUGUAAACACAAAAAGCUGAGGCUCUAACACAGAUCUCUGCUGCACCUCUAUUAACCAAGUAGUCAUCAGUCUAUACAAUGAAUUUUUAUAUUCUACAAUUCUGCCAUUCUUUGCCAAUCCUGCCAUAACACCCUCUCCCUAACCUGCCCAGCUUUCUCAAUACCUCUUCUUAAAGCGAGAAUGCAUGCAAAUGCACUACACUGGGGAAUGUAUCCCUCUUUCUAAGGGAAUAAUACUAGAAUGGGAAACCUGAAAAAACAGGCAUAAAAGCCAGGGGUUUUGUGUGUAAUGAUAGUUUCCUUUUAUUUCAGAGAAUGAGGAAAUGGUGCAGUGCAGAGAGUCAUAUUCAAUUCCAUCAGGUCUAAAUACAGCCUCAGUCAGAGCAUCAAAGUGUGAAGGGAACUGGAUUAAUCUUAUAUUCUGGUUGUAGCCCUAUUCCUUGGCACACAUCAGUGCACAGGUGAGUGUGAAUGCUGUUACAUUUGCACAAACAGCAACAUUCCAGGACUCUGAAACAUUCUUUGAAGAAAAUAAAUAUAUCAAAGCUUGUUAAGAUUUCAAUCUUAGCAUCUAGUCACACAGAAGCAGCUUCAAGCAUUGCUUCAUUUAAGGCCAUCCUGUGGGCAUCUCGAGGCAAGAGCUCGGAGGAAUGAAAGAUCAAGCAAGGUCGGCAGAAAACAAAGCCCAGUCUUUGAACAUUGGCACAAGUUGAUCCAGCACUUAGACUUUGGAUUGUAAUAAUGAAAAUGAUGCAGAUAUAUUGAAGAGUUCAAGAAUAGUAAUCAAAAUUAAGUGAGGAAAUGUAAAAAAUGUACAGUAGAAGAUUAAAUUUUAUUAAAUUAAUUAUUGUAACUAUUCUGUAGCUCCAACUCAAUGAAAGGUUCUGCCCAACCUUUCAGUUUUUGGAAGCUGUCAUUAUGUGUACCAGUGUUGUAGAUACUGUAUUCAGUUCCUGUGUCUCAAUAGUUAAUAUAUCACUGCCUUGGUGUAAAGCUAUUUUAAACACUAAAAAUCACAUUUUUCUUGUC